AGACUAUUAUGAGAUCCAAGAUGGCUGCUUCUACCAUGGUUCUGUGGAGGGGGUCAUGGUGUCCUUUGCAAGCCUCAGUGCUUGUUCGGGACUCAGGGGGUUUAUCCAUGUUGAGAACCUAACUUACAACAUCAAUCCCAUAGAGAGUUCCUCUACAUUUCAGCAUUUAAUUUAUCGCACAGAGGAGGAAGAGUCUGACUCAACGGCAUGUUGGCUAAGCAGCGCAGAGAUGUCUCAUUCAGUGACCGACUUGGUACGAGAACAGAUUUUGGGAAAGCUAGACAUUUAUCAUCUGUGGAAACAGACAAAAUACCUGGAGAUUUUCAUACAGGUGGAUGUGCAGCUGUUUCGAAUGUAUUCUGAAAAUGUACAAAUCACUCUGCGUCAUGUCGUUCGUCUCACCCAAAUGGCGGAUGACAUGUUUUUUACUCUUGGCCUUCGUGUCCUCCUGGUUGGGGUUGAGAUCUGGACAGAACAGAACCUGGUUUUGGUUACGGAUUAUAUGAAGGAGAGCAUGAAGCAGUUCAAUGUGUGGCACAUAAGAAAUGUCCUUUCCCAGCUGAAGCAUGACACAGCUAUACUCUUAGCCCAUCAUAACAGGGGAAACGCAAUUGUGAAACACUCACACUUUGGAUCGAUUUGUCAUGCUAACACAGCAGUAGCCUUUAUAUCCAUCAGGAGGACUAUGCCCUUCCAGUUAUUUACCAUUGGCAUUGCACAUGAAUUAGGGCAUGUUAUUGGCAUCCCAGAUGACCACCUAAAGACAUGUUACUGUGCCCCCAAGGUGAAGUGCAUCAUGGAUGUUAAAGGUCCCUUUGGUGAAAAACCACUCUUCAGCAACUGUUCUACAAAAAGCUAUUUUGAUGUUCCCCAGUCCAGGAAAGCUCAAUACUUGAACACCAUCCCAAAGAAUAUAAAAAUAUUUGCUGUGAGUGCUUGUGGGAAUGGUGUUGUGGAAGACGAAGAGGAGUGUGAUUGUGGGAAACAUCCAAUGUGUCAGGCAAACAAAUAUUGCCUUGAUGACUGCACAAUGGCCCCUGGGGCUGUCUGUACUACUGAGCCGUGUUGUGAAGGCUGCCAGUUUGCACCUAAAGGAACCACCUGUAGAAGAGCCACAAAUGAAUGCCACUUGCCAGAAUAUUGCAAUGGGACAGUGGCGGAAUGCUUGCCCAAUGUCCUCAUACAAGAUGGAACGCCAUGCAGUGAUGACGGCUACUGUUUUUUAGGGAGCUGCUCAAGCCAUACCUUGCAAUGCCAAAAGAUUUUUGGCAUGAACUCUAAAGCUGGUCCCCUUGCUUGCUUCAAGUGGGUCAACUCGAUAGGGGAUCGCUUUGGCAACUGUCGUGGUGAAGGAGGGCACGAGUUGCCAAACAACUUUUCAAAAUGUACUGCUGAUCACGUCCUCUGUGGGCGGGUGCAGUGUGUCAACAUCCAAAAGCUCCCUAAUUUGGAGGGAUCAUACAAGUAUAAUUCAGACGCCGGUCAACAAAACGGUUUGCUGGGGAUUAGAAUACCACUUUGGAUUGCCUCUCACUGA